AUUGUGGCCAGAAAAGAGCAUAGGAAGUAGGCUAAUGGUUCUUGUUGUGCUAUGCUAUUGAAGGAAAUGCUGAUUGAAAUUUGGAUUAAAAGUCUACACAUGCAUGCAAUCAUCUCAUCAUUCAUUGGCAUGAUGAAAAUUCUAAACUCCUUGAAAAGCAACUGCAGAGACAAAUCCUUGGGGAGAGAGGAGCGCCCAUUUAAGGUGAUAUUGACCUUAUAAAAUAGAUAUCUAAAAGAACUUUAAAUACCCUACCUUUGCUGGUAGUUGAGGCUUGAAAGGUCUUGUAGUUUGACACUUCAAUUUCAUUUUAUCCCUUCAUCGAGCUAAUGUAGUUUUCAAUUAUUUUUCUUUUUGCUCUUUUUAUUGGUUCUCUUUGUAUUGGUUUUCAAGGAAAAGAUAGUAGGAUACUAGUCAAUGAAGAUGUUUCCUUUGAACUCUCCUGAAUGAUCUUUUGAGCUAGGGAAUUGGCAUAAUAUUUUGAACUUAUAUAUUAUAUUAAUUAUGCAGAAGAAAAUAUUACCUCUAAUAAUCUGCAACAGCUAGAACAUUAGUGGAUGCAAAGUCACGUCAUAUGGUGAAAUUAGAGAGAAGUUUGUAAAUUGAACAUGUGAAAUUCUUUUAUUUAGCAGAUUUCAAUGACUAUAGCAACCCAAUUGUUAAUUGGUACUUUGACUUGUGGAGAAUACACUUCGAGAAGAAAAAUGUCAAUGUGAUGACAGUUUUGACAGAAUGCAAUAUGGAUACUAUUCCUCCGAGGUACAUACGCCAGGACCGAGAUCAACCCAUUAUCCAAAAUGGAGUUUCAGCACAUGAGGUUCCAGUUAUUGAUAUGCAGAGGCUACUUUCUCAAGAAUCUAUGGAUUCUGAGUUGGCGAAGCUUCAUUAUGCCUGCAAAGACUGGGGUUUCUUUCAGUUGGUGAACCAUGGAGUGAAGUCUUCACUUUUGGAGAAGAUAAAGAAGGAGGUCCAGGACUUGUUCGACCUCCCAAUGGAAGAGAAGAAAAAGUUAUGGCAAUAUCCAGGAGAGGUCGAGGGUUUUGGGCAAGCCUUUGUUGUAUCUGAGGAUCAAAAGCUGGACUGGGGUGACCUCUUCUUCUUGGUCACCCAACCUGUUGAAGCAAGGAAACCCCAUUUAUUUCCAAACCUCCCUCUUCCUUUGAGAGACACCUUAGACGCCUAUUCAUCAGAUGUGAAAAAUUUAGCCAUGGCUAUCCUAGCACAGAUGGCUAAAGCACUAGAAAUAGAGGCAGAGGAAAUGACAGAGAUUUUUGAAGAUGGAUUUCAGUCAAUGAGGAUGAAUUACUACCCUCCAUGUCCUCAACCCGACAAAGUCAUUGGUCUUACUUCACAUUCAGAUGCCUCAGGUCUCACUAUCCUCCUGCAGGUCAAUGAAGUUGAAGGUCUUCAGAUAAAGAAAGAUGGCCAGUGGGUUUCCAUUGAGCCUCUCCCAAAUGCCUUUGUCAUCAACAUUGGAGACAUUUUGGAGAUUAUAAGCAAUGGGAUAUACCGCAGCAUUGAGCACAGGGCAACGGUGAACUUGGAAAAGGAAAGAAUCUCGAUUGCAACAUUUUAUGCUCCAAGAUACAGUGCUGAAAUGGGGCCAGCUCCUAGCUUAAUCACUAAACAAACUCCAGGAUUGUUUAAGAGAAUAGGAGUUGAAGAGUAUUUCAGAAGUUUGUUUUCUCGUGAGCUCCAUGGUAAGUCUCACCUUGAUACCCUGAGAGUUUGACAUGGAAUAGCAGAAGAGGCGGGCAAAGGAAUAAUGGUCCUCCAUUGAUGGUAGCAGGGCCGUAUCAUGCAUCUUCUUUCUGAACUUGUCAAAAAAUUAUACAUGGAAAAAAUAAAGCUCGAGUGUUUUGAUGGUAUUGGUCCUCUUAACACAGUGAGUUUGGCAGAAAAUUAAAAACUCACUAUGAGGAACUUUCUUCCUAUAUUUGCUUUAACCUUAGCCUUGAAGAAGCUGUGUGUAAAAUAAGGCAAAAUGCUAGCCCACAAGAAAUUUGUGUAAUUUGAAGUGUUGGGUUCACGACAUUUGCUUUGCUCAUAUUAAUAUAAUAUAAGAUUUCUUCAAUAA